AUGUCUUCCAAGAACUUGAUACUCCAGAGCUCCGAUGGCGAGGACAUCUCUGUUGAGCGCGAAGUCGCAGAGAGAUCCGUCCUAAUCAAGAAUAUGGUUGGCGAUCUUGGAGAGGAGGCGAUGGAAGAGCCUAUUCCCAUACCCAACGUCAACGCCGCUGUUCUCAAGAAAGUCAUCGAGUGGUGCCAACAUCACAAGCAUGAUCCUCCCUCCACCAACGAAGAUGAUUCGGACUCCAGAAAGAAGACCACAGACAUCGAGGAGUGGGACCAAAAGUUCAUGCAGGUCGACCAAGAGAUGCUGUUUGAGAUUAUUCUGGCAGCCAACUACUUGGACAUCAAGGCGCUUCUGGACGUUGGUUGCAAAACCGUGGCAAAUAUGAUCAAGGGCAAGUCGCCGGAAGAGAUCCGUAAGACGUUCAACAUCCAGAACGACUUCACCCCCGAGGAAGAGGACCAGAUCCGCCGCGAGAACGAGUGGGCCGAAGACCGCUAA